CGUUUAUUAGUGUCUGUACUGCUGGCCAAAGCGGACGCGGCAAUUCGUUUUCUAUCCGUUGUGUUUCUUUCCUGUUUCACUCUAUCUUUCUCUCUCAACGCACUUUUCUACUGUGGUUCUGGUGGCAGCCGUGCGAAAGAAGCUGCCGAUCGCGUACCUGAAUGUAGUUUUCUCGGCUAAUGAUUGCCUACUUUGUGCGCGAUUCUGACGUUUCGUUCCAAUUUUAAGUUUGUUUUUGGUGCCACGCGAGGAAAAAGCCGUGCUCUAUAACUGGAAUUUCCCCAUUUUGGAAGAAUAUUGUUGUUUUUUUCGUUUGUUGGACAAAAAGAGUGUAAUGGAGAAAAUCAAUUGUUGUUUACCUGAGUUCACAAACGUAUGCCCGAACGUCGCGUCGUUCGGUCAGCAGCGGUGAGCUAUCAAGGUGAUUUUUAUCAACAAAGAACCCUGAGAGUGGUGACAAACAAAAUUUAAUAUUAAACAGCGUCACGUGUGAAAAUAAUUGGAUUUGUUGGAUAAAUCAGAGGUGACGGAGAACCAGCAUCAGGAACGUGUGAAAGAACCUGACAGGAAGCUCAUUUUCUUCGAUAGUCUACAAAAGAACAAAAGAAGAAUCUGCCACUUCGAUUAGUAUAUACUAUCGAGCUCGUCACGGACAGAUGGACGCCAAUAUUUCGGUUGGAAAUAUGCAAUAGUAGCCCGGAUAAACAACACCCUCCGUUUGGCUGUGAAUCAUCAGUCUUAACCAGAGAGCGAGAGGGGGAGGGAAGCAAAAAAAACAGAUAUUGAUUUCACCUACCGCCUAAAGUCAGCAUAUCAUCAUAUCGCAGUAAACAGUCGAUCAAAGCAAAUCCAACAAUCCGGUUCGCUUUAAGGAAUGACAAUCGAAAUGGCAGGCCUUGCGACGUCGGAUAUCUGCGCAGACACGAAACUGGCCCGGGAGAAGGCAGUCAUGGGUGACUACGACUCGGCUGGGCUUUACUACAAGGGAGUGCUGGACACGCUGCAGCAGUUAUUGAUGAGCAUCUCGGAACCGAUGCGGCGCGGCAAAUGGACAAUGAUAAUGCAGGAAAUUAACAAAGAGUUCACCCAGAUGAAGCUGAUCCAAAAGACGCUGUCCGAUAUCACGAUGGACCUACAGGAUGCGCCCCUGUUGGCGAGUUGUCGUACCACACUGCAGGAGACAGCCAACAAAGAUACGUCGAUAUGGCUUCGUGGUGAUCCGGAUGUUUGGAGCCCACCACCACCGUUAGAUCACAAUACGGGCGGUCGAACUUUAGCUCCGCGCAAUCAGACACGCUCCAGUAUAGGGUUAAACCGGAAGGCUGAGGUCAACAGAAAGAAUGCAGUGACCAAAUCAACAACGGUCGCUGCCGGUAGAAAAUCAAUUAGCUCAAAUAUUCGAGCCACGGCGACUAACGGUAAGCCGCCGGGCGGGACACUGCCACGAAAUAAAGGCAAGGUGGUCGGAAAUGCUGCCGGAGAUGGUGGAAAUGAAGGAGGUAAAGGAGAGAAAGGCGAUAAAGAGAAAAUCGACGAGGACAGGGAAGAUCAGGAUAGUCCGGAUGAGCCGGAGCGAAAGUUUGAACCUGCCAGCCAUGGCGACGUGGAUCUAGUCGAUAUGCUGGAGCGAGAUAUUCUGCAGAAAAAUCCAAACAUUCACUGGGAUGAUAUCGCGGAUCUGCAUGAAGCGAAACGUCUGUUAGAGGAAGCCGUCGUUCUACCAAUGUGGAUGCCUGAUUAUUUCAAAGGGAUCCGACGACCUUGGAAGGGAGUUUUGAUGGUGGGACCACCAGGUACGGGCAAAACCAUGCUGGCCAAGGCGGUGGCGACCGAGUGUGGGACCACGUUUUUCAAUGUUUCCUCAUCGACGCUGACCUCCAAAUAUCGGGGAGAAUCGGAAAAACUAGUUCGACUACUUUUUGAAAUGGCCCGCUUCUACGCUCCCAGCACCAUCUUUAUCGAUGAGAUCGAUUCUCUCUGCUCAAGACGUGGUUCCGAAUCGGAGCACGAAGCUUCCCGGCGCGUUAAAUCCGAACUGCUAGUACAAAUGGACGGCGUUAGCAACGAGGAAGCGACCAAAAUCGUCAUGGUCCUGGCUGCCACUAAUUUCCCCUGGGACAUCGACGAAGCGUUGAGGCGCCGGUUGGAGAAACGUAUCUAUAUCCCCCUACCCAACAAGGAAGGACGGGAAGCCCUGCUCAAAAUCAAUCUGCGUGAAGUCAAGGUGGACGAUUCGGUUGACCUAAACACGAUCGCUGCCCGCCUGGAUGGAUAUUCCGGGGCGGACAUCACGAACGUGUGCCGCGAUGCCAGCAUGAUGUCGAUGCGGAGAAAAAUCGCAGGUCUUAAACCGGAACAGAUUCGACAGCUGGCCAAGGAGGAAUUGGACCUGCCCGUUUCCAAUCAGGACUUCACCGAGGCGAUUGGAAAGUGCAACAAGAGUGUUUCGCGGGACGAUCUCAUCAAGUAUCAGCAAUGGAUGAGGGAGUUCGGUUCGUCGUGAUGUUGCUGCUUUUCGAACAACACAAGACAGAGCCCGGAAGUGAGAGAGUGGUUUAACGUGCAAUAUUCGCAAUUAGCUCCCGCCCGCGCCAUUCUUCGAUUGAAAUUUUGUGUUUUAUUUUGAGGCGUUUCUUACAGGAUAAUUUUUUAACAUUUUUUUAUUUUUAAUCCUAUCGUGGAUAACACUUUCCCGACGAUUCAGUUGUGUCGGCUAGUCGGAUCGUAAUCGCUAAUUGUACAGUAACAGAAAUGUGUCAUUAAUUUUUGAUUCGAUAUUUGGUUCCCCGCCUAUUUGGUCAGUUUACCUCCUUUACAACAUCUAUUGCAUGUUUUGUUUAGCUGUCUUGCUGAUUUAUAU